UAUCGAUACGUACACAUGCCGGCGAAAUUGUUUCUUCCGUAAAAAUACUUUGUUUAUUGUUUAUAAGUAAUUUCUAAAUAACCACAAGCGUACAAAAUGGAAAGAACCCUGCAGAAGCAACUUUACGGAAUAUCGCGCGAAUCGUCUCCGGGUUUACGGAGAUAUAGCAUACCAGCGGCUUCGGCGGACAACACGCGAAAAUCCUUUUUUGGCGGCAACGCUAGCUGUGCCCAGCUGCCCGGAAACCUCAAGAAGACUGCCCUGACCAACAGCCGGCUCAGCCUGUCUGUGCGCUCCACUCAAUCUAUUCCGGGCAUCCGCUCUGAUUACAAUGUAGUGGAGAGCUUUGGCUGCCCACUACCCGUGGUGGUCAAUGAAGCUUUAACUUUUUCGGGAUCGGGAGCGGGCACAGUCACCGCUAAAGUGACCCAAAACGGAUGGGCUUGGGUUGUUCAGGGCAGACGCCUCUUAAUUUGGCAGUACAAAGACACGACCAAGUCGGGUUCUCCACCUCGCGUCGCCAAACCUGGUAGGCGUGGCGGUGGCCUAGCCCAGUGCCGGGAGUUGACCCUGACCUACAGCGACCUUGGUCACAAGAGCGACUUGAUCAGCGUUUUCCAAACGGAGGGCCAGCAAAUGGCUUCCUGCAUUGCCGUUUCUGCCACCGGAGAAGUGCGCUAUUGGUCGUCCAUUGCCCACGAUGGAAAUUCUGUGGAUCUCUCGAUCUUAACUGGUCAGGAAUUUGUGAAGCUGCUCAAUCUGCCUACGCAACAGGGCUAUCUAGCCGUUACUACCACCUGCAACCUGGUUUUCCUUCGGGUGGGACUCACCAAUGGACGCUUUACACUGCACCACAAGACCAUCAAGCCGGCCACCAGUUUCCUUGGUGGCUUUGGCAAGAAAUUUGCCUCUAUUCUGAUUGGCAUGAACACGGGAGGGGACAAGGAUCAGGCUUUGGUUGGCAUGUGCUGCGAGAGCAAUUCGGAAAGUGGAGAAACAGUAGUGGCUGUCCUCUCAGAUCGUGCAAUUCAGCGUUGGAUUCUGUCUAACAAAGGCAAUGCAGAGAACCUUCUGUAUGAGGAUGCAGAAGUGGUACGCAGAAUACGAGAAGAGUUCAAAAUCAAGUUCUGGAAUGUUCGUCUGCCAGCGGACAAUGUGGAGAUCGAUCUUCAUCUGCUAGACUUCCACAUGGUGAAGAGCAAGGCAUAUAUACUGGCUGGAGCUGUAAAUACUGCUCAUGCUCCACAAAUGUGCUAUGCUCUGGUGACAGCGAGUGCUCAUGCGGAAAAUAUGCUCCUGGAGUCGUUCACGCCGCUCAAAAUAAACAAAUUUUUUAGUGCCAAGACCGAAGAAGAUUGUCUAAGCCUGCGCUUCGUGGUUGGCAGCAGUCAUAUCUAUUUGUACACACCAAAGGUGGUAUACCCACUGCACUUGUCCAAUUCCGUGCCCACCGCGGAGCUAGAGGCGGAAAAGAUUGAGUUUCAUCUGCAUGACGAUCGCAUUUUAAGUGCUGCCAUCUGCAAUCAAAUGCCAUUAUUCUUUAGCCGCACCCAUGGACUAGUUUCAAUAACCCCAGGUGAUUUUGACGGUACCGAAAUGAUGAACAUGAGCUCCUGCAACACUCCAGAUUUAUUCGCCCCCAACUCGUUUAACGCCAGCUUCGGUGCUCCCGAUCAGUCUGCUAUUAAUGGAAGCACCAAUAAUCUGCACUUGUUCGAGCUAGAUCCGGAUGAAGUAUACAACGAAUUAUGCGAUGAAGUGGGCCAACUUAAGGCAGCGUUUCUCUACCACCUAAAGCGCAACAACAACAUGAUCAAGACAAUUGUCGGCGAGUUGCUGCGCAGCGUGGCUGGAGCCGAUCCCAACGGAGCACCCAUGGAUGCCUACAAGUUGGAUAGAAUUGUCAUUACUAUCGCCGAGGACUUGGCCGAAGAUAUCCCAAUAUCCGAUCCUCGCUGGGAGGAGGCCCUCGGAGAUCAGGAAAGCAAUCGGCAUGCUAUUGGUAGCUCACAUUCCAUGCAAAUUAUCAAUCAGUUAAGGGACAAAAUGAUUGCUUUUCAGCAUUUCAUCACAUUUCUGCAUUCUAGUGGAGUUUGGGAAAAGCUUUAUUUUAUACCAUGCGGUAGCCAUUUGCUAAAGCCCACCAGCUUUAUUCUUUCCGAUAUUAGCGAGAAGAUAGUGGCUGCCAUGGCUCUGCGGUCCUUGCAAAACAAAAUGCCAAAGCUAAUCGAAGAGGCUAUAGAGGCCACCGUCGCGAUAUGGGAUGAGAAACCUAAUGGCAGCUUGACAAGCCAGGAUAUAUUCUAUGUCAAACUGUCCAAGUUCCAAAAUGUUUUUGAGGCCCUAGCUGACAUAGCUGACGAUCGCAUUGCUGCCCAAAACCAGACUACUGUUUCAGUGGCCCACUUUAUUAACGACAUCAACUCCAUUGUCCUUGAUACGCUGGGUCAGGUGUUCAAGCAUCGUGAACAGCAUGCAGCUAGCUUUAGGCGCAACGAAAGACUAUCAUCCUACGAGAAUCUUCCCUGGACUGCUAUGGCAGGAAGUGCCGGUGUACGCGACACUCUAACCCGGCUCAUCGACAUCAGCGUACGAUAUGGUGGCCACUGCGUUAGCGAGACAGAGUUGAAGCACCAGUUGUACCAGCAGAUAUUCGAACUGGUAGAUCUGGUGCUGGAUGGACGAAGAACCUACAUGGAAAGCGUCCAGGACACCGAGAAGUUUAAUGUGCUGCAACAGCAGUUUGAGGCUCAGCGCAGGGAACUCAUCUCGGUGCUAAUCAAAGAUCGACAAUACGAGUAUGCCGCAAAGCUAGCUGAAAAGUACCUAGACUUCCAGAGUCUGGUGUUGAUCUGCGAUGAGACGCAGGACAAGGAUCGCUUAGACGAUUACACCCGCAAGUACGAGGAAUUCGAUUUCUCGCAAUUUGCCAUCAACUGGCAUCUGCGUCAGAACCGGCACGGUGAGGUCUUUGAGCGUUUCAAGGGCAACCAGACGGCUCUGGCGCAGUUCAUGCGCGACCAUCCGUCCCUUGGCUGGAUCCAGCUAGUAUUCAAUGGUGACUUCGAGCGGGCGGCCAAGGUGCUGUACGAGUUGGCCCAAUGUGAAACUGAGUUUGUAGCGCGCAAAAAGUCUAUGCUGUCGCUUGCCAAACUGGCGGCCUUUGCGGCAGCCGAUUCAGAUUUAACAGCCCAAGUCGAGAAGAUCAAUGCAGAUCUAGCUUUGGUCGAAUAUCAGUCGCAAUUGGGCCAUGACGUAUUGCAAAGUUUGGGCUUCGAUUCAACGGAACAAAAGGUUCUUAAGGCAGAGGAGAUAAUCAACCUCAAUAUUGCCGAGGAGAACGACACGGCCACUGAAGCGGAAUUCCGAAAAGCACUGGAGCUUCUGACCUACGUGGAUCACCCCUACGAAAUGCGGCACAAGAUCUGGUGUGCUGCAAUAAAACGAGAUAACUGGAUAGAUUACGAUCCCAACAAUGGGGUAGAUUACAUACAGAAGUUGCUCUUCUUCAAGAUCAUCGAAAUUUCGCAGCUGAUGGGCCAUGAGUCCGAGAACUUCUUGCCACCAAUGGAGGACUUUUUGGAAAGCGUGGAGCUGGGCGAGCUGCCGCAGCAGAAACCGUUCCAGUAUCUACUGAAGCUGACCUACGAGUAUGUGGCCGACAUGUUCAGGCAGCCAGACGAUAUGGAAGUCUAAUCGUGCACCUCACAUGUCAUUUAUUAAAGUUUACGUUAAGAAUCCGA